AUGCUCGGAAAAUCGCUGCUGCUGCUGCUGAGCAGCCCGAUAUGUGCUUUGGCACAGUCAGCCGCCGACUACUAUGUAAAGUCACUGCCAGGACAGCCGGACGGCCCGCUCUUGAAAAUGCAUGCAGGUCAUAUCGAAGUGGAUGCCCAAACCAAUGGCCACCUAUUCUUCUGGCAUUACCAGAAUCGCCAUAUCGCCAAUCGACAGCGCACUAUUUUAUGGCUUAAUGGCGGACCGGGCUGCAGCUCUAUGGACGGGGCUUUGAUGGAAGUCGGGCCCUAUCGCUUGAAAGACGACCACACAUUGACCUAUAACAACGGAUCUUGGGACGAAUUCGCCAAUCUCCUUUUCGUCGACCAGCCAGUGGGAACGGGCUUCAGUUACGUCAGUACGAAUAGCUACCUUCAUGACCUGGACCAAGUGGCCUCCCACAUGAUUACAUUUUUGGAGAAGUGGUUUAGCCUCUUUCCGGAGUACGAAAGCGACGACUUAUACAUCGCAGGAGAGUCAUAUGCAGGACAAUAUAUCCCGCACGUUGCGCGAGCAAUUCUAGAGCGGAACAAGAACAUUAAAGCGGGACAGCAAGCAUGGGCAUUGGAAGGACUUUUGAUUGGCAACGGAUGGAUAUCACCCGAAGACCAGUAUCCAGCAUAUUUACAAUAUGCAUAUAAAGAAGGCCUCAUCAAAAAAGGAACUCCUGUCUCAGACAAUCUCGACGAGCACGACAAAACGUGCCACGAUCUGUUAGCUGCCAGCGGCGCGGACAACAGGGUUGAUAUAUCGCAGUGUGAAUUAGUGCUUUCUUUUCUUUUGGACGAAACCAAAACCUCGGAUGGCAAAUGUACCAAUAUGUACGAUAUCAGAUUGAAGGAUGCCUCGUGCGGGAUGACCUGGCCGCCGGAUCUGGCCAGCAUGACGCCAUAUCUACGAAGGCAAGAUGUGGCUCAAGCUCUCAAUCUUGACCUCGAGAAAAGCACUGGCUGGGAAGAAUGUGCAGGCAAAGUGAGCGUGGAAUUUCGCGCAACUCACUCUAUUCCUGCAAUCAAAAUCCUUCCUGGGAUCAUCGAGUCGGGCGUCCGCGUAUUGCUCUUCAGCGGUGACCGAGACCUGAUCUGUAACCAUCUCGGGACCGAACAAUUAAUUCACAACAUGAAGUGGAAUGGCGGUUCGGGGUUUGAAACAUCACCAGGAGUCUGGUCACCUCGCCGUGACUGGACAUUCGAAGGCGAGGCGGCGGGAUACUACCAACAAGCGCGCAACUUGACCUAUGUCUUAUUUUAUAAUGCCAGUCACAUGGUACCAUUUGAUUGGCCGCGGCGCACCCGCGAUAUGGUUGACCGAUUUAUCAACGUUGAUAUCGCAAGUAUCGGAGGAACGCCAGCAGAUUCACGUCUGGACGGGGAGAAGCUCCCGCAAACCUCUGUGGGCAACUCAACCACGGCAGCGGACAGCAAAGCGCAAGAGGAGAAACUAAAAGAGACCGAGUGGAAAGCCUAUGCAAAAUCCGGCGAAGCGGCGCUGAUAGUUGUUAUCAUCGGCGUGUCUGUCUGGGGGUUCUUCAUCUGGCGUAGUCGUCGUCGUUCGGCAGCUCGGGGUGCUUAUCGUUCCGUGUAUAUGGCUGAGAAUAAUUCCUCGUCAACAGCGCAUGCCGAUAGCAAUUUCAAUUCGACGACACUUCUAGGCCGAUUCCGAAAGUCUAUGAGCGGCCGCGGAUCAUCAGCGCGUGACAUCCAGGCAACAGACUUUGAUGAGGCGGAGCUUGAUCGACUCGAUCAUCUUGAGAAUGGCGAAGGGGGCAAAGACAGAGACCUUGACAGGGACCAUUAUGUUAUUGGCGAGGAUGAUGAGGAUGAGGACGACAUUAACCAUACUGAGGCUGGUACAAGAUAG